AUGGCUGUGGCAAACCUCAUUAGUCAAACACUGCAAGAGCUGCAACCCAGACUGAGGACAAACGGGUUUGGUAUUGCUAAUGCACACAGAAAAUUAUCACUUACAUUUAUUCCUCCAAGCACAAAAUCACCAUUAUUUCAAUACGGGUCGUCACCUGGCCAAAGAAGUUUUCUAUCAUUGGGUACAGAUUAUGAAGGUAUUGGAGAUAGAGAAGAAGAUAUUGAUGAAGAAUUAGGAGGUGAACUAAGUCGAACAGUAUCAUUGCCAUCUCAAAUCUCCGAGGCUCCUCAAGAACCAGAACUGGAUUGGCUUUUGGAAGAACACCAUAGACGUUACUCAAGUGCUAACGUAUCAGACGAGGAUGAAGAGGAAGAAGAAGAUGAUACAGAUAACGAAGAUACCCAGAAUUACCAUGGAUAUGAGGAUGACUCAGAUAGUUUCAAUAAUUUCAUGUCAAGAGUACGGAGACAUCAACAACAAUUUAGAAAGAAUUCAGUAACAUCGAUUGGAUCGGUUAGUAUAUCACAACAGAAUAAUACAGAGAAUUUUUUCCGUGAAAAGGUUACAACGAAAUCAGAAAUAGGAAAGUUGUUACAAUAUGCAAUCCCAUUAAUCAUUACUUUUCUACUUGAACAGAUCUUUUCAGUCGUGUGCGUUCUUGUUGUUGGUCAUAUAGGUAAAAAUGAACUAGCUGCAGUUUCAUUAGCCACAAUGACCUCCAAUAUUGUCUUUGCUGUGUUUGAAGGGCUAGCAACUGCAUUGGAUACAUUAUGUCCUCAAGCUUAUGGGGCUGGUGAUUAUCAUGGUGUAGGAAUUCAUUUUCAAAGAUGUGCGUUAUUGUCACUAGCAUUGUUUUUCCCUUUUGGUGUUGUAUGGUGGUUUUCAGGAUAUUUUUUGAAGUAUCUUGUUCCAGACCCCGAGUUGGUUAAAUUGGCAUCUCAAUUUUUGAGAAUCAUGUUGCCUGGUGCUCCUGCAUAUAUUCUUUUUGAGAAUUUGAAGAGAUAUCUACAAGCUCAGGGUAUUUUUGAAGCUGGUACUUAUGUCCUAUUGAUAUGUGCACCAUUGAAUGUUGCAGCUAGUUAUUUUUUAGUAUGGGAUAAGCGUAUAGGGUUGGGAUUCAUUGGCGCACCAAUUGCAGUGACUUUGAACUUUUGGUUGAUGCUUUUGUUAUUGAUUGGCUAUACAAUUUUCAUUGAUGGUAUGAAAUGCUGGGGUGGAUUUUCUAAAAGAAGUUUACACCAUUGGAAAGAUCUAAUGCACCUAGCAAUUCCAGGUGUUGUUAUGCUUGAAGUUGAAAGUUUAUCAUAUGAAAUCAUGACUCUAUUUGCAUCAUAUUUUGGUACUGAGUAUUUAGCUGCGCAAUCAGCUGUUUCAACGGUUGCUUCUUUGGUAUAUAUGAUACCAUUUUCGGUGGGUAUUGCAUCCUCUACCAGAAUUGCAAACUUUAUCGGAGCAAGAAGAAUUCAAUGCGCUAAACUAGCUUCUAAAAUUGGGAUUUAUGGAUCUUUAAUGACAGGAAUUAUCAACUGUUUUGCCCUUAUAAUUUUAAGGGUUCCCUUAGCCAAGAUGUUCUCCAAAGAUGAGGGUGUGGUCAAAAUGACCAUUGAUAUUUUUCCAUUGAUUGCAGUUGUUCAAAUUUUUGACUCUAUGAAUGCUGUUGCUGGAAGUUGUUUGAGAGGUCAAGGUAUGCAAAGAAUAGGGAGCUAUAUUAAUCUUUUUGUUUACUAUGUCAUCGGGAUGCCAUUAGCUUGGUUUUUUGGUUAUUAUUUAGAUUUCAAACUAUUUGGAUUAUGGAUAAGUAUUGGAUUUGGUUUAUUUUUGAUUGGUUUAAGUGAAUCGUGGUUUGUGUUGAAAGCUGAUUGGCAAAAGAUUUUAGAUGAGGCCGACGAAAGAAAGGAAGAUGAAUUGGAAAAUGGUGUGGAAAACUAG